AAAAGUAAAAAAGCUGUAGGUAAAUAAUACGGCCGAGAAAGCAAACACUGGUCAGUAGUUGAUUGGUAUGAAUGAAUCAACGAACGAACGUCGGUCCCCGAGUACGACAACGCUCGGACACUCAGUCGGCCCGCACCACGCACCGUGAGCGCUUGUAAUUUGUGUAUUCUAUUUUAGUUGUAACCUGUUUUAUAUACAAAAUGUUUCAUAAAAUUGGAUUGUUUAUGGUUUUAAGCGGCAUCACGGUCGUGGCAUCAUCACCAGCACUGAUCCUCACUCCAUUAUUAACAAAAGGUCACGUCAAAGAAGCGAGAAAGUUAGCGCAAGUCGACUCUUCCUUAUUUCUUAACGUUACUAGCUACUCUGGGUUCUUUACAAUCGAUCGGAGAUACAAUUCGAACACUUUCUUCUGGUACUUCCCGGUGGCUAAUAAGCCUGUUAAUGAUACGCCGUGGAUAGUAUGGCUUCAAGGCGGGCCCGGGGCAUCCAGUCUCGCCGGACUGUUUGAUGAGAUGGGCCCGUUUGAGUAUGAUGCUGCUACGAAGAAAAUUAAAGCGCGGCAGUGGUCUUGGGCCAAAAACUAUUCUCUGCUGUUUAUCGACAAUCCAGUUGGAGCAGGCUUCAGUUUCACUAACAGUAAAGAAGGAUUUGUACGCGAUAUGGAUUCGUGUGCUGGUCAUCUUUACGACGCUUUGAGGCAAUUUGUGGCGAUAUUCCCUGAAUUGAAAAAAGCGCCGCUUUACAUCGCCGGGGAGUCAUACGCGGGCCGAUAUCUCCCCGCCUUGGGUCUGAAGAUUCAUCAACAAGAUCCCUUGCUGGGAAAACUUGAUGUUAACUUACAGGGCGUUAUAAUGGGUAACCCAGUGUUAAACCGAGACAGUAUAGCGAACUACAGUGCAGUCUUUCAACAGUGGGGUCUCAUCGAUUCUCAGGGAGCUGAAGCCAUCAAACCAUUACAAGACGCAUACUACGACGCGAUCAAGAAAGAAAACGACGAGAAAGCCUUUGAAUUUCGAAACAAACUCCUGGACAAAUUACAAGACAUGACGGUACAACCGCAGAUGUUUAAUAUACUAAAGGACGAUCUGAACGGCCCACUGACGAGUUUUAUAGAAUUCGUAACAAGGCCGGUUGUGAAGGAGGCGAUACACGUAGGAAAUAUUGAGUUCACGUUCUCAAACGGGAGCGUCCACGAAAUGCUGAUACCAGACUUCGUGAGUGACGUCAGCUCCAAAGUGAUGACGUUGUUGGAACAUUACAAAAUAUUGAUAUAUUGCGGUCAGCUGGAUUUAACAGCGCCCUGUGUUCAAAACGCACAAGCUCGGAGGUCCCACUGGCAAUGGAGCUAUCGAGAGGACUUUCUGAAGGCCCCUAGGAAGCCUUGGUGGUACAAUAACUCUGUGGCUGGGUACGUGAAGUCUGGAGGCCGCCUAACUGAAGUACUUGUCCGAGGUGCGGGACACUUAGUACCGAUGGACAAGCCGGCGCAAAUGCACAACCUCAUCGACUACUUCAUACGGGGGUUCGACCUUCCCUUCCCUCCCAACUACAUCCCAUCACCAGACGAGACCCCAGACUACUUUAUAGAGGACUCAACUGAAGGCUCAACGGGGCUGACAGUGGGGCUCAUUGUGAGCAUAAUGUUUAAUAUUCUUUUAAUUGUUUCUUUUGGCGCUGGCGUCAUCUAUGUUCUGAGGUGGAAAAGUAGGACUGAAGCGUAUUUCUACAGUAAUGUUGAUGAGACGUCAAUAUCAGAAAGUGUAUUAACCAUGUCGUGAUGUUGAAUGUGAUAAUACGAAUUUGAAACAAGACUGAUCAGCCCGUUUAAGGUGUUCCGACG